UUGAUGGUUUUUGUUGUUAAUUAAUAAAAUAAUUAAAUUUAAAGAGCGCUAAUUUUCAAUUCGCGCCCAUUCCGGCCGCCAUUUUGAGAAACGUCACCGCUAUAUAUGGUUCGGUGCGUGUGUAAACUUGAAGUCGCUUUUUGUGGUGUUUUUCGUUGAAAAUAGGCGGAAAAGUGGAUGUUAUAGCGCAAAACUCAAGGUCAGAGGUUUAGAGACGUUUUACGAGAAUCAAAUGUGAUUUUUCGUUGGCUUCUACGUUAGUAUCGAUAUAUUUUGUGUUGGAUUGUUGGAGAAAUAAAAUUAAGAUGGUCGACGUUGACAAGCUAACCGACGCCGAGUUGCGCACCAAACUCCUCGAGUUCGGUUUCCCGGUGAUGCCGAUCACCGGCACCACGCGCAAAGUGAUGUCGAAAAAGCUGAAGAUGCUCAUGGACAACAGAAGCAAAAUUUCCGCCAACGAGGAUAGAAAGUCGAUGGGCGACUGGUCGAGCUGCGACGAGGAAAACGGCAAGGAAAAGGAAGAGAGGGCUACGAAAAAAAAAGACAAUCGCCGGGCUACCAUGGCCGCCCCUGUUAUGCAACCGCCCACGUCCAGAAGUCGCCGCAGCAACUCUAGGUUGAAUGAUAGCGAUCCAGAGCCCUCUCUGCCCACAAUAAGAGGUUCGCCCAAAAAGGAAACUAAAACUGUCUUGACCACUUCGAGGUCUUCAAAGAUGGUCAGAAGUGCCCAAGAUGAUUUCGACACAGGUUCUGAUUCCGAAUCCGACAUCAUUGUCAAGUCUACAAACAACACAGAGUUUAGAGCGUCGCCGAUAAAAUCGGCCGCCAGCUCGUUCAGCUCUUCGUUCGCGUCGUCCAAAUACUCGCCGACGAAAUCGCCCGACACUCCGUACUCUCGAAACUCGACCGCUCGCAUCUCCUCGGCUUUCACCGCCGCGUCGGAGCGCCCUCUGGCGGGCAGCAGCGCCAGCGACUACGCCAGCGAGCGCCUCAACCAGAUACGCUCGAGAUUGUCGCUGAACAACUCGCAUUCCUACGAGCGCCCGGUUUCCUCCUCAACGAUAUCUACGUCGAAAUUCGAGGAGAGGGGCGUCUCGGACGUUUUCGGGCCACGAUUCGUCGAUAGGGGGGCGCUAGCGAGGAGGAGGACGCCGUUUUUUGAGCAACUUCACCAGGCGGCUGUCGUCUAUGGGCGCGUCGAAGACCAGGGAUUACGACUACAAGAACGAUCAAGUGAUCAAGGAGCAGGAUAGCAACGGGUCGAGCGGGUAUGCGCCGAUCAGGAGUCAGCUGGCGAGUUAUCGCGCAUCUAGAGGGCGCGACACCACCUACGACUACCGCGCCACCGCUCAAAACGGCAUAGUAAAGAACAACUUUGUCUCUUUCUCAGUAUUGGCCGGAGUCUCUUUGUUCUUCAUAUUCCUCGCCAUCGCCUAUCUGGGCAUGCGCACCGACACGUCAGUCGUACCAGCAGGAUUCACCAUGGCCUCUUGCCGAUCUGACUCGAAACCGGGCGUCAACUGCGUCCCUGAACGCGACGCUGCUGACGCCAUCUAUCUCUUAAACGCCGUACAAGUGGAAUUAACGCGGCGCGCUGUUGCCAACGUGUGCGAGCGCCGCGACGGCGACGGAGCGUCGCCGACGACUCGGUCUGCGAUGACCGAAGACGAAAUCGUGGAUUUCUGCCUCGACAAUUUCGGUAUUAAGGACGACAUAAAAAUUAGAAAGGACUUGAGGAACCUGGAAAUUUUGACGUAUUCUAAUCCGCAAUGGAACAUUAGGAUUGUUCAGACUUUGACUAAGAAUGUAGUACCUACAAAAGACGAUCAAAUAUCGAACAUGGAACAAGUGAUUUUCAACAAAGACAAAAAAGUAACCAGCCUGGUCAUUUUUGACGCUGACUUGCCUUGGAUGUGUCGUAUGACGAAUAUAGUCUACUUUUUACUAAAUAGUGCAGUUUUUCUUGUUGUGACUUUCGCACUGCUGUACUCUCUAAAUUACGGGUACAAACACUACAAACACCAGCAGCAAAAACAGAAGGAAGAACUGGGUUUGAUGUUGGAAAGGAUUAUUGAAAUUUUACAAACCAGUGCCACUGAAGAAGGUGAAAACUACGUGGUCAUCAAUCACAUCAGAGAUAUGAUUUUGCCUGUGCAAGAUAGACAAACAAAAGAAAAGACUUGGAACAAGGCUGUUCAAUUCAUCAACGAAAAUGAGUCCAGGGUGAGGACUGAAGUCCAGAAUGUGCAGGGUGAGCCCUAUGAAGUGUGGAGAUGGAUUGGUAGCGCCACAUUAGGAUUGUCAAGCUCUCCGCGCAACAACAAGAGCUGGCAGGGCCAGGCGUUCGAGACGCAGGCGGGCAGCGUGAACGGCCUGCAGUGCUCGCCCACUCCCUGCCUGAAGAUCCGCGGCAUGGCCGAGGAGGUGGAGGGGGGCGGGCAGGCGGGGGAGGCGCAGCGCGCGAUCCGCGAGGCCGUGCUGGGCAAAUGCGCGCACCAGUGCCGCAUCCUGCACUGCGCGGUCGACGCGCACUCCAGCUGCGUGUACCUCAAGUGCGCCGACCAGGCGGACGCCGCAGUCGCCUACAGGAACCUGCACGGAUGGUGGUACGCGGGACAUCUCGUCACAGUAAAAUAUUUACGUCUCGAAAGGUACAUGCAACGUUUUCCUGGCUCCCCAAUCAGCGGGCCCCCCUUCAUGAAAGCCAUAUCCCCCGCCACUGAUUGGACCAGCUAAUUUUUUAUUUGUAGAAAAUAGCCGAUAAUUAAAAAAACACGCAUAUAUACGAAUAAUAAUACACACAAAAAACGAAACGCUUAGUUAUUUUUGUUUGUAUUUAUAUCAAAGUAGAAAAGGGUGUCCUUUUAUAUUUUAAUUUAAUUUAAUUUAAUUACGUAUAUUUAUUUUGUGGACGACUUUAUGUAUUUUUUAUAUUUAUUGAAUUUAAUGUUGGUUCUUGUUAAAAAUCAGUUAAUUUAAAUUUAUAAAUUUGUAACAAAAAUGUUAUUUUUGAUGAACAACAAUUUUUAUACAGGGUGUUUAUCGUUAUACCGCAGCAAAUUAAAAAAAAUAUUUUUCAUUUAACCCCUGUAUAUUAAUUUUUUAAUUUGUGUAAAAGUUACUGUUAAAACUUUAAUGACUGAUAAUUAAAUGUAUUAUAUUUUAAAAUAAUAGUUUAUUUUGUAUUUUGUCAAUUGAAAGUUAAAUUUGGGAUGAUUUUUUAAAUUUUAACGUUGAACAUUUUCGAAAAAUGUAUUUUUCAGGAUUUAAUAAAAAUUUAUUUGUAAUAUUUUUUGUUUUAC